AUGGGCACGGUGAUUGACGAGGCAGCUGGCUUGCCUGUUACGGACAUGGACAAAAUUUUCUCGGGUGUAGACAAUCCUCUCAGUUUUCAGAGUGAUUCCUCGAUUUACGGAUCGAGCUCAUUAGAAUUCAUCAUACCUCCGUCCAAGCCACCCAUGCGUGUUGCGGAGGUUGUGAGCGAGAGAAAUGUGAGACCGUCCGAACUGCCAACUGAAAUGGACUUGAGAGCUGUCGCCGCUUCAAGGCGACUAAAUCUGCCGGAAGUCAGUCCUAUACUUUUAGACUUGAUCUACUGGCGGCGACCCUACGUAAGCGCGAUCGUAUUUCUUACAGCGAUGGUCCUCGAACUGGGCCUGCUCAUGUACUCCGUCAUCUCUGUGAUAUCCAAUUUCCUACUUGCCCUACUUUUUAUGGCAGCGGGCACUAGACUCUAUUUUCGUAUAAUCAAUGCACCCGAGGCUAGUCCUAUCAAUGCUCUGGCAAAAGUCAACUUUCGGUUGUCACCCGCAACCUCCACGGAGCUUGUGCAGGUUCUCACUGCCAAGCUCAACUAUGGAAUAGUUGUGGUGCGCGACCUCUUUCUCCUCAAAAGUCUGAGCAAUUCUGCGAAGUUUGCUGCAGUCCUCUACUCACUGACGUACAUUGGUGCCCGUUUCAACUUUUUGACUCUCUGCAUCCUCGAAUAUGCCCUCAGUCUCCUCAAGUAUGACGUACUUGCAAUCACCUUCGUCCUUCCAGCGCCUCAACCCCCGCCCCCACCACUUCCACGCUCCAACACCCGUCCUCUUAGAAGGACUUAA